GCAAAAAUUUGUCGAUAUUUGAAUUGUUACUGCUGCCGGGCUCUCCACAUGGCCAGUGGAAAAAUAUCGAGUGGUUCUGUCCUUCUGGAACAUUUAAUCGUUGUCGACCGUAACUGACCCGGUUGAAAACUGUUUUGAACCUUAAAAUGUCUACACAAUCAUCGGAUAAUUUGACAAGAUUUGCGCUAAGCGGAAUUUCUAACAUGUGUGGUGGAGCAGUGACAAACCCAAUAGAUGUCAUCAAGAUUCGCAUGCAACUUGAGAAUGAAUUGGGUUCUAAACAUAGUAGCAAGAAUAUUUUUAAAGACCGUUAUUAUAAGGGGUUCAUAAGAGGAGGUAUUCGAAUUUUCUCAGAGGAGGGCUUGAGUGGUCUUUACAAAGGGUUACUGCCAUCAAUGAUGAGAGAAGGAUCAUACAGUACCAUUAGGCUGGGAGCAUAUGAGCCAUUAAAAGUUAAGUUAGGAGCAACUGAUAUUGCUCACACUCCUCUGUGGAAGAAAAUUGUGGCUGGUGCAACAUCAGGAACAAUAGGUAGUGCUAUUGCCACACCCACAGACUUAGUUAAAGUUCGCUUCCAAGCUUUGGGGCCUGGAAAAAAAUCAGAAUAUCGACACACUUUCCAUGCAUUUUGGAGAAUAGCACAAAAGGAAGGUGUAAGAGGAUUAUGGACAGGUGUGGGUCCAACAGUUCAGCGUGCUGCCAUUUUGACAGCAGCACAAAUUCCGUCGUAUGACCAUACCAAGCAUACUUUAUUAAAUGCGCAGUUGAUGGAAGAAGGACCAGCCCUGCAUGGUGUAUCAUCUUUCAUUGCUGGAUUUGUGACAGCUCUCAGUACAUCACCAUUUGAUGUGGUGAAAACGCGCAUGAUGAACCAGAAGAAAGAUGCCAAUGGAAAGCCAUUGGUUUAUAGAAAUACCAUUCAUUGUAUAGGGAAAAUUGUUGGACAUGAAGGAUUGCUAGGACUUUAUAAAGGAUUUAUACCCAACUGGAUGAGAAUAGGUCCACAUACCAUUGUUACUUUUUUUGUCUUUGAAAGACUCAGAUAUCUGGUUGGUAUGAGUCCUGUAUAAAAGCAGUGGAGGUAGAAACUAAUAUUGAACCAUUUUAGUUUCUUCAAUUGAUUUGAUAGAAGUUGUAAUCUAAUUGUUAUUCAUGUUUUAAAUUAAUAAUUUUAUGCUUUUUUGUAUUGGGUACCCUGUUGUACUCGCACGAAUACUGUAGUAUAUCUAAUUAUCUAUCUUGGUGGUGGGGAUUGCCUUUACAACUGACAUUUAAGAUUGAAAAAGUUUAUGUUUUACUAUUUCUAGGCCUAGCUAGGUUUACUAUAAAAUAUCCUGUUAUUUAUAGUGGUUUGUAAAAUGCUGAACUGGACCCAGGAACACCAGAACUAUUUUUGGAAUGAUUGUUGUCUUCAAAGCAGUAAUGUCAUGCAUUAGGAAUACCACACAAGUGAAUAGUACUUUUCAUGCACACUGAUUGGCCAGUUUGGAAGUGAAUAACAAGUACUAUUUACCUCCAAGAAGCUGAAGAGACAAAAUCGCAUGGCAGGAGUUUACCCUCUGACCAUUUUUCAGUUUGUUGGAAGUAAGAAACUGAUGUUUCAGUUUCUGUGAAGUAUUACUAAAACAAUUAUUACUCACCCCAGUGUUGGCGAAAGUGGUGGAUAUUGACCUCGCUGUUUUGUAGCUCAAUAAAUGUCCACCACUGUUGGCCUCCAUGUUAGUGAAUAAAAUAAUGUUUGUACAGGUAAUCACAUGAUUUCGAGUACAAUUUGGAAUAAAUAAGCACGAGUAAAUUUUUUCAAAGACUAAC